GGUUUUCAGCACCUUAAUAAACUCUUCCUUCCUUCGCUACAACUCUCCAUAACUUUCUUCUUCUCCGCUUUUCUUUCACACAGACAAACUCAUUUCAAGACUCUGCUUUUAUCAUUUUCUUAUUUUAGAAUAUGGGAAAGAUCAAGAUUGGGAUUAAUGGGUUUGGGAGGAUUGGGCGUUUGGUUGCAAGAGUUGCUCUGCAAAGGGAUGAUGUUGAGCUCGUUGCUGUCAAUGAUCCAUUUAUCAACACUGAUUACAUGACUUACAUGUUCAAGUAUGAUAGUGUGCAUGGUCAAUGGAAGCAUCAUGAAGUUAAGGUGAAGGAUGAAAAAACCCUUCUUUUUGGUGAAAAUUCUGUCAAAGUAUUCCAGUGCAGGAAUCCUGAGGAGAUUCCAUGGGCUGAAGCUGGUGCUGAGUUUGUUGUUGAAUCUACUGGAGUCUUCACAGACAAAGAUAAGGCUGCUGCUCACUUGAAGGGUGGUGCUAAGAAAGUGGUGAUCUCUGCUCCAAGCAAAGAUGCUCCCAUGUUUGUUGUCGGAGUGAAUGAGAAAGAAUACAAGCCUGAGCUAAACAUUGUCUCGAAUGCUAGCUGCACGACUAACUGCCUUGCCCCGUUGGCCAAGGUUAUCAACGACAAGUUUGGUAUAGUCGAGGGCCUAAUGUCCACCAUCCACUCUAUAACGGCCACACAGAAGACGGUUGAUGGUCCAUCGAGCAAGGACUGGAGAGGCGGAAGGGCAGCGUCGUUCAACAUCAUCCCAAGCAGCACGGGUGCUGCCAAGGCUGUUGGGAAGGUGCUUCCAGCACUGAAUGGGAAGCUAACGGGAAUGUCGUUCCGGGUCCCAACUGUUGAUGUUUCGGUCGUGGACCUGACUGUGAGGCUAGAGAAGGCGGCCACCUAUGAUGAGAUCAAAGCUGCCAUCAAGGAAGCAUCAGAGAGCAAGCUGAAGGGCAUAUUGGGAUACGUGGAAGACGAUGUGGUGUCGACGGACUUCAUCGGUGAUAGCAGGUCGAGCAUCUUCGAUGCCAAUGCUGGCAUUGCUUUGAACAACAAUUUCGUCAAACUUGUGUCCUGGUACGACAACGAAUGGGGUUACAGUUCUCGGGUGGUCGAUUUGAUCGUCCACAUGGCGUCAGUGGCAUGAUGGAUAUGCCAGCGUGGAAGUCUACGUGGCGGGCAUUGCUUCUUACCUUUCUUACGAGCUUUUAUCGUGUCGAGCUUGUACAAUAAGCUGCUUAGUGGGAGCAGCAAGCUUAGCUUGUCUUGAUCUUUUGUAUCACGCCAUUGCCUGCCAUUGUUGAUACUUUAUUACUACUAAUGAAUAAUGAUCUCAUGCUAUUCUA